AUGAAUAAAGAAAAUUCAAGAAAUUUAUUUUGUAACAGUUGGAAUAAUUUGAAAGAGUUUGUUGAAGGUGGAAAAGUCAUUAAUUAUUUUGCCUUGGUGGAAUCAAAUACAGCGGCAUUUUCUAUGAUCGUGAAAUAUGUGAAACUUUUUUAUGCAUAUCAAAUUCAACAUUCGAUCCGAGUGAGGUAUGCUGCAUAUACAUUUCAAUUAAAUUUCUGCAAUGAAAUAUUGAAGGAAGGAAAAGUUAAAAUUUUCCAGCUGACGGGAAUUUAUUACAUGACUGAAAUCAUUGCGACAGACUUUUUUAAUGGAACAAGCUUCAGUUACAAGAAUGCUAUAUAA